AUGGCUACACCUAUUUCUUGGGCACAGGAAGUGAUCAUUUGUGAUAUAUGUAACACAUUAGCAGCAGACCUAUUUUGUAAUAGCUGUCAGACCAAACAGUGUGGAAACUGCAUCAACAAACACAUCACUGCAAAUAAACUACUCCCGCAUGACAUUGUUCCCUUUACUAAUAAAUAUGUGAAAGUUGUUAGCCAGCAAUGUGAAAUGCACCCAGGCCAGAGGUAUGAAGCAUGCUGUCGACAACGUGACGUAGUGGUCUGCAUUAAAUGCGUAAUUGAUUCACACAAAGGCCACAAUAUCGAGAACAUUCCUGCCAAGUUCUAUGACAACAUGAAAACAAUUCUGAAAGAAUCAGAGGAUCUUCAGAAGCAAUUGGAUUUAGAGAGGCUGCAAAGUAAUACACGAAAAUUGAAUAUUUCAAAAUCAACAGCAGAAUUUGAAGUGCUUGAAGGAGAAUUGGAAAAGCACAGAAAAUGCUGGCAUCAGGAAGUAGACGAUAUCUUUGAUAAACACAAGAGUUUAAUUAUGUCCAUGAGAGAGAACGCGAUAAAAUCUCUUACCGAACAAAAUCAUGCACCAAAACAUAUGAUUGAAAGAAAGCUUCAAAUCAUAAAAGAUAACAAAGAUAUCAUACGGUCCAAAUCAGUCUCUAAGGUUGUCAACUACAAAACAGAAUUUCAGGAAUAUAAAGCUUCACCUAAGGAGAUUGAUGCUACAGUUACUGUUCCUUCCUUAAAAGUAAAGACAGAUCGAGGUAAAGAACUCGAUAUAGAAUUUGGAGAGCUAAGUGCUACAUUAGCACAAAGAUUACACAUUAGCGAAACUUUAAAGAAGCCCCCGUGUCACCUUCGACAGAAAUGCCUAGAAAAGGCAGCGUAA